AUUAUUUAUAGGUGUCGUGAUUAUCACUGAUGGCGAAAAAUUCAAUGCAAAUUGAGCCAUUUUUAUGGUUGUAUAAUUACGAUUUUAAAAACAACUAGAUUUUUCUUUGUACAUAUUGCAUUUUAUCAGUUUUAUUCAAGAAUUCUUUCUUACACUCGUAGAAUCUGGCUGGCUAAUAAAUAUUAACCUAUCCUGUUUACAAUAUACGACUCUAAAACGUAUCUUUCGAAUUCUUCGUCUUACUGCGUAUAAUUUUUUGCCAAUUAUUAAUUAUUAACAUACAGAUUAGACAGGAAAUUUAAUCAUUCAUUUGUGCAUUUAUCAAACGAUUGAUAGUUAUCCCUAAUAACUAACCAACUUUUUCACAAUGUCGACAUCUUAUGAAGAGGAAAAACUCUCUGUUUUGCGGGAGUUUUUCGAGAAAAGCAUGAAAAAUCCAGAAAUGUUAAACUCACCUCAGCUAAGCUUUGUAAAAGAAUUUAUUGAACAUUUUGGUGGUCACAUACCUGAAAAACGACCUAAAACUACCCCUAAAGCAGAAACAAAGCCUGAUCCUGAAGUGGAAUCUGAAAAAUCAGUGGAAUCAGAACCAGAGAGUGAAGAAAGUGAACUUGAAUUGGAUAAUACUGGAGUAAUUGAGCCUGACAAUGAUCCUCCUCAGGAAAUGGGAGAUUUAACUCUCGAACCAUCUGAAGAAGCUAUUGCUGAAGCUCAAGGUAAAAGGUCGGAAGCAGUUUCUGCAUUUGUUGAAAAAGAUUAUGCCAAGGCCAUUCAACUUUACACCGAAGCAAUUAAACUUAAUCCACAAGCUGCUCUUCUUUAUGCCAAACGUGGACAAAUCUUUUUAUUACAAAAUAAACCUAAUGCAUGUAUUCGUGAUUGCAACAGAGCAAUUGAAUUAAAUCCUGACAGUGCAGCAGCUCAUAAAUUCCGUGGACGGGCAAAUCAACUUUUAGGCAAAUGGGAAGAAGCUGCUCAAGACUUAAGGCUGGCCUGUAAAAUUGAUUUCGAUGAGCAAGCAGAUGAAUGGCUUCGCGAAGUAACGCCAAACGCUCGUAAAAUAGAAGAACACAAAAGAAAGAUGCAGCGUAAGAUGGUAGAAAAAGCUGCAAAACAACGUGAAGAAGCAUUGAAAAAGGCUCAAAAAGAAGCUAGCAAAGCUCAUGAACAAUCCAGCUCUCAAAGUACUCCAUUCACCGAAGGUGCCAGUGGUAAUAAACCUUUUAUCAGUGAUUUCUACCAAUAUCUAAAGGAUCCAGAAGUUGCAGAGGCUUUCCAGGAUCCUGAAGUAUCGGCAGCUUUUAUGGACAUUUCAUCAAAUUCAGCUAAUAUUUUCAAAUAUCAGAAGAAUCCCAAGAUAAUGAAUUUGGUAAAUAAAGUUUUAUCGAAAUUCGUUGGUGGUGGUGGUGGUAUGGCAGGUGGUAUGCCUGGAUUUUUCCCUGGUGCCACAAAUACUUCAACUCCACCAACAAGUGGUGGUGAUGAUGUUGGUCUUGAUUGAAUAUUAUAAUUUCAUACAUAAAUACUUCGUCCACACUGCCAUGCCACUAACAUAGUUGUAGCAGUAAUGAUACAGUGUUGACAAAUAUUUUAAUGUAUCUAGAGGUAUGGAGAAAUUAACUAUAUGGUUUCUAAUUUUAAUUAUACUUCUGUAUAACAUUUUUACUCAUUUUGCAUUUAAAAAACAUAUAUUUACGUUACAAUAUUUAAAAUUCAAGUAGCUUGUUACGCUAUAAAAUACAUUCAGGCAUUUACAGAGUUUUAAAAACUACUGUAGCAAAAGUUCUUUAUAUUUCAAAAUGUAUAAAAAAAGGUUGAAUAAUAAACC